AUGACACCAGGGGGCGAGCGGCCGGGAGAGCCUGACCUGCGCACCCUGCUCAGAAUGUCACGCACCGAGAUCGCCAUGGCAAUUGAUGACCCGUUCCCACUGCUCUACAGCCUCACUGACCAUGACGUCAUCACAGACCAGCUCUUCAAGGAGACUCUGGAUUAUAAGAAGCGAGAGGGGAUCCACAAAGCCGUCUACUCAGUGCUAACAUGGCUGCUGGGAAAAGAAUUCCCCACCAUCCAGGACUUCUGGAGGACCUUGUUUAAGGAGUACAACCUAGAGCGAUACCCCAAACUGCAGAGCAUCCAAGCCAGCUUCCCCAAAGAUUUGAGCAUGAGCAGCCUGAAGCGAAGCCGGAAGACCCAGAGUAGCUCCAAACCCCCCCAGCCGCCUCGAGCCCCCGCAGCCAAGAGGAGACACCCGGAGGAGGCGGAACCAGCCCUGCCCAGCAGCCAAUCCAAGAGCACCACCAGUCCAGGAACCCUGGUGAAGGCAAAAUCUAUAAGGAAAGCUGAUGGCCCUGAGGUCCCUCGAAUGCCAGUAGGAAAUGGGAUCCAGGCUGUUGCCACCUCCACCUCCACCUCCGUGCAGAGAGCUGUCACCCUGUCAUCCAGCGAGCUGCCCGGGACCCGCGGGGCCGUCGAGGGCAUCCUCAUUAAACAGGUCUUUGAGUCAGGGAGCUCCAAGAAGUGCAUUAAAGUUGGCAGCGAGUUUUACUCCCCAAGCAAGUUUGAGGACUUGACUGGUAGGAAACAGACCAAGACUGCAAAGACGCAUAUUCGCCAAAAGGGGGUGCCAUCUGCCAGGACAACUGAGGUCCUGAAGAACGAUGAUGAAUGUGCUGUGUGUAAGGACGGGGGGGAGCUCAUCUGCUGUGACGGCUGUCCCAAAGCCUUCCACCUGUACUGUCUGGUGCCUCCGCUCACAGUCAUCCCCAGUGGGACGUGGCGCUGCCAGUCCUGCAGCGUGAAGAGAGUCGAGACCCCACUGGCCACAGACAGGACCUUUACUCCAGGCCAGAACCCCCUGUCUGAUCCGAGGGGUGCUGGAGUGACAGAGAGUGCCAGCUCUACUGUGGAUAUCUCCUUCUUCUCCUCUCUCACCUCCACCUCCCUGUCCAGUGUUACAGCAACCAAGAGCAGCCAGACCACAGGGGCAGCUGCCCAGCAGUGGAGCGCCCCUGAGUUUGGGGGUCCUGGGGAGAGGUGUGGGGUGUGCAGACAGGGAGGAGAGCUCAGUCGCUGCUCUCAGUGCCUCCAGCACUUCCACUCCCGCUGCUACUUCCCUUCCACCAGCACUGCAGACAGAGCUAGCAUCGAGAAACUGAGGUGCAAGUCCUGCAGUCGGAACUGGUGGAAUGGUUCAGAGACAGACAGCAGACAGCUGUCCACCACUGCUGUGGGGGCCCAGGUGGCGUUUGCUGGGAACACAGCUGAGCAGAGUACCUCUCUCUCGGAGCAAAUCUUGAAUAAGGAUGAAUUUGACACCCUGCUGGGAGAGAGCUCCAUUGAUGGGAUCCUGCAAUGGGCCUUUCAGAACAUCUCCCGUCCCCUCUCUGAGAGCCAAGGAUAUUUCCAGUAACUGCUCUGAACAAGACACUGGACAGCGGGAUGCACUUUGUUGCAGGGGUGUUAGAUUCUGUUCAAUUUCCUAAACAUUUGAGCUUUAGCCUAGGAUUAUUUUACCACCAAUUAUGUUCCCUCAAUGCAGCAGUUCCCCACACAGCCCAGGAGAACUGAAGGUUCAGUGGGCGUCCUCCAAUCCCAUGACCAAGCCAAUUUAAUCUUUUACACAGAGGAACUUGCCUGAGCCCAUUAGACGCCUGGCCAGUAGGGUCCGCUGUAGCAUGAUGGGGAGGAACAGUCUCUGACGGUUUGGCCUUCUAAAUCCGCGCAAGCUUUAAAGCCAAUGCGAUGCUCCCUCUGGAAUCCUCAGCAAAGACCGGCGACUUUGCACAGCCAGGAUGCAAACCUGAGCUCCCCUGACUCACCCUGCACACCACAGCUGGGCUGUUACCAAGUGAGCCGCUCUGAGACACUAGUAAACAUUUACAUAUUGGCAUUUUUUGUAGCCAAUCAAAAAAAGCCAUGAGAAACCCUCCAGUGCUGUUACUUUUUUAUGAUGCAUAUGAUAAAUAAUUAUUGAAUUCAUAACCUUAAUACAUUUUGAAUACAUAACUUGCACUGAACACUCCUUACUUUACAAACACAUCUAUAUUUGACAUGCAUAUCUUUGACAACGAUUACGUUUUGGAAACAUUUGAAACAUUUAACACUGGGAAAAUGUUUAAACUUGAAACUAUAUAGAGUUCAGGUGCAAGUCCAUAUUACUGGAUGAAAACUUUCAUGAAUCACUGUUUCCAUGUGAUUUAGGACACCUAAUCCCUGUUUAUCAAAAAGGGAGAAAACUCAUGGGAGUUGAAUACAGUCAAUCACAGGAUAUAUAAAAGGAGAGAGAGUCAGACAUUCUAUAUGUGACACUGCAACUAGAAAUGACAUGCUUGAGGUUGCAAUUGACUUAUCAAUAACGGAAGACAAUGGCUGUAGAGGAUUAUUGGGACUUUGACACAUGAUAAACCACUGAUUGUAAGUAGUGAGCAAACUAUACAGACCAAAACAAUGUGCAGAUAAUUACACUAUGUUUAAAUAGUAGGGAAGUGGCUGCAUAGGAAAAAUCAAGUGCUUGUUCUUGAUUUGUAGAACCCUUUAAUUGAAAUGUGUUAUAGAAUUAUUUUCAGUGAUUGUUUCAGUUCUUAUAAAUCAUUUGGUCAGUGCUAUCACUGACGCAUGGGAGGAGAGGAGGGCUGGGGGAGGAGUUUGCACUCAAUAUUUAAAUCCACUGGUUUACUGAACACCUUUUAAUUUCUAUUAGCUUGUCCUUGAAAAUCUUGUGUAAACAGAA